UCAAUGGUCAAUACGCUCACAGUGUUGACACAUUGUUCGAACCUGCGCAAAAAGACUUAUCUAAGUCUUGCGGCGUCCCACUUCCAUGUCCCUCAUGCUAAACAUCUUGGAAUAAUCGUGAGUCUUGUAGUAUACUAGAAAGAAAGAUGCCGUUUCGGGUAUUUCUUCUGGUCUUCUGUAUCGCAGUGACAUCAUCAUGUGCACAUUCUGGAGAACUUGAUAUAUCUCCUGUGGUCAGUCACAUGAACCUGGCGGAUCUAGUCUCCUAUACCAACCAACUGGUGGACGAAGUGGAGAAAACAGAGAUGGAGUUAAAGAAGCUGCAAACUGGCGACAUUCAAGAAGACGAAGAUGCUCGACAGAUGAGGAAGAGGAAUGCCGUACUUGCGUCUUCCGGUGGAGUCGUCACCACCUAUGUUCACUGGGGAAGCAAGUCAUGCCCUGGAGAUGGUUCCCUCGUCUAUGACGGCGUUGUCGGUGGCGCUUAUUACAGCUAUUACGGUAGCGGCACUAAUCUCUGGUGCAUGCCCAUGACGCCUAUCUACCAGGACGCACAACCCAGCUCACAGUCUGACCGGGCGUAUCUUUACGGCGCGGAAUACGAGACCAGCGACUUCCCUCCAUUAUCGUCUCUUAACCAACAAGAUCCACCGUGCGCAGUCUGUCUCAUCCCGCGGGGCACCAGCAUGAUGCUGCCGGCGAAGGAGUCCUGUCCUACCGGUUGGACAACGGAGUACGUCGGGUACCUCAUGUCUGCAGCCUACAGCAACCAGGCCAGAAAUGAAUUCAUCUGUGUCAAAAAGGACGCCGAGUUCGUACCUGGAACAAGUCCCGACCAAAAUGGAGCCCUCCUAUACCCCGUCGAAGGACGAUGUACCAACGGGGGUGGUAUUCCUUGUGGCCCGUAUGUCGAAGGGAAUGAGCUAACGUGCUCUGUUUGUUCAAUAUAAAUGUCGUCGGAGGUAUCAAUUGAAA